GGGUUGCCCCUGCUCCGCCUGGCCACCAGCCAGCGCCGUCCAGGCUGCGGGGCUCCCGCGGUGCCGUGCUCCGCACCCCGGCACAGGGCUCGGCACGGACCUCACCUCCCCUCCUGACCCACUGUCGGUCCAUGGCCAGAGCCAGUGCGGAGCUGAGCCAAGAAGCCCCAGGACACCUUGCCACGCCACACAGCCCUCCCCGAAUGAGGGGGCCAUGAUCACCCGUGUGCCAUCGUGCCCCCGGCCAUGACCUACACUGGGCGCUUCCCACCCCACAACCCCCGGUGAGCGGGGAAGGAGCCGGAGCCUCUUCCAGGUCGGGUGACUCUGGCCUCUGCCCGCCGCCAUGGAUUGGAAAACGCUGCAGGCGCUGCUCAGUGGGGUCAACAAGUACUCCACAGCCUUCGGCCGCAUCUGGCUCUCCGUGGUCUUCGUCUUCCGCGUGCUGGUCUACGUGGUGGCAGCCGAGCGCGUGUGGGGAGACGAGCAGAAGGACUUUGACUGCAACACGCGGCAGCCGGGCUGCACCAACGUCUGCUACGACCAUUUCUUCCCCAUCUCCCACAUCCGCCUCUGGGCCCUGCAGCUCAUCUUUGUCACUUGCCCUUCCCUCCUGGUCAUCAUGCACGUGGCCUACCGGGAGGACCGCGAGAAGAAGAACCGGGAGAAGAAUGGGGAGAAUUGCCCCAGGCUCUACAGCAACACAGGCAAGAAGCAUGGUGGGCUGUGGUGGACCUACCUGCUCAGCCUCUUCUUCAAACUUAUCAUAGAGAUCGUGUUCCUCUACCUCCUCCACAAGAUGUGGGACAGCUUUGACUUGCCACGGCUGGUCAAAUGCUCCAAAGUGGACCCCUGCCCCAACACUGUAGACUGCUACAUCGCUCGGCCAACUGAGAAAAGAGUCUUCACCUAUUUCAUGGUCGGAGCCUCCUCCAUCUGCAUUGUCCUCACUGUCUGUGAGAUCGUCUACCUCAUCUUCAAGCGGGUUAUGCGGAGUGCACGGAAGUGGAAGAAGUCCACCAAGCGCUCUGUCAGCUACAGCAAGGCCUCCACCUGCCAGUGCCACCUCAAGACAGAGGAGAAGGACAACAAGUCCCAGCCUAGAGGAGAGGAGCUGUGAGCUCACCCGUCCCAGCCGGUUUGCCUUCCCCUUGGCCCAGCACCUUUUCAAGCCUGCCAAGUCCCCAACCCCUCCAGAGCCGACCCAUGUGAAAAAUGACUAAACCCAACAAGUUAAAGUCCCCUGAAAGAGGUCCUUGGGUGCAGACACAGGUAAGGCGAGGGCAGCCCUGGGGCUCUGCCAGCUGUACGCAGUGGUGCCACGGGGCUUGGACAUCACAGGGACGCACAGACACCGUGCAUGACUCUGCCGAGCAGCCGGCCCCGCUGUGGCAGCCACUGCUGUCCAGCCCGGCAGCGAGCCCAGACGAAAGCUGCAGGGAUGAAGCUGUUGAGCUUGGAGGGCACACGGGACUGGGGCUGACAGGAGGCAGCGUGGGGGCUCCCAUGUCCCUACAGCUUCUCUUGAGUCCUCCAGCUCUGCUGCUCCCAAUACGAAUGCAUCCGUCGGUGCCCAGUGAGAGCUGGUGUCACCCAGCACAGUGACAGUCCCCAGUUGGCCAGCUGGGGCAGGAGAAGCUUUUCUCCCUUUGCUCAUGCAAGCACUGUGCCGAUGUCCUGCCCAAAUGGCUCUGCUGCUUCUCUCGAUGCCUUUGUGUCCCCCCUCGCCUCAGAUGGAUGCAUCACGCACAGCAUCAGCUACGGAUCCAAAGGGCCGAUAAAGGCUGUGGUGUUUGUAGACACUGGGAUCUGCUCUGCACACUGUAAAUCGAGGGAAACUGCUGAGACCAGAAGAAAUGGAUUUGCAGUUGUUCCCUGGGAGCCCGUGGCCGGGUGCUCCUCACUCCCACCAGGGCAGCACGGGCCGAGCCCCGGGGCCGGCAUGCCCAGCGUCUGCCCGCUCUGCCGCCUCCUGGCUUGUCAUGCGUCGUUAAAUUUUAAUUCACCAGAACCGCACGCUGGCCCCCAAGGAAAUCAAGGAGGGCUCAGCAUCAAUUACUUA